AUGCAAUUUAUCCUUUUGGCUUUCAAAUGAGGCUUUCUUGGGUUUCCUGAUUCUUCUUUUUCUUUUUUGUUUUCUUCCUUUUCUUUUUUGUUUUCUUCCUUUUGAGAAGGACUUCUUUGAUCUUGUGAUUUGAUCAGGCCGGUUGUCAUGUGAUGGCCAUUAAUCCUUCUGCUUCCAGUUCUGUUUCGAUCUUUGCUUCUGGCUCUGUUCUGAUCCCUGCUUCCGUUGGUUCUUCCGUCGAUGAUAUGGGUAUCCUUCCCUCUCCUUCUGAGUCGAAGUUCUUUGAUGUUUUUUGCCUUCCCCGAAAAGCAGAUGGGAAGUUUGUUGUGAAAGGUGCUUCACGCCAUGUGGAAAGGGAUCCUAUGAUUCCUUCUAUUCCUACAAAGUUUCCUUUGGUUUCUUCUUCAAAGGGUGGAAAAGUUGUUCUCCCUCUAGGCUCAACGAAGGUGUUCUGUGAUCUUGAUAAGGCUGUCCAUAAGUUUGUUACCGAAUCAUCUGUGAGCAUUGCAGUAUUGAUUGUUCAUGAGAAUUUGAUUGAGGCGAGUAUCUGGGUUCUUGGUUCCUGUGACUCUUACUCUGAUUUUCCUGUUCCUCUUGUUCCUUCUGGCUUUGAGGCUUCUCCGAAGCCUAAACGGUCCUUAAAACGAAAAAUUGGUGAUGGGAGUUUGGCUGCUACUCCUAGUUCUUUUCUUGGUUCUGUUGGUGGCAUAAAUACCUUAGCUAUUUUGAAUUGUUCUACCAAGAUUGAAAAGCUCGAAAAGGUUGAUAGAGUUGUGAAGACUAAGAAAAUAUCGGCUAAGAAAGUUGAAAAGGCUGCUGGUAAGUCUAAGGGGGUUGUUCCUCAAGGGGCGCCUCUAGUUGUGAUGAGGUCUAAGAGAUUGAAAAGUGCUUCUUUUAAAUCAGCUUCCGCGGGUGGUUUUGAUAAGGGUGUGGUAGAGGGUUGUGUUAUUGAGGUUGAUAACGAGGUUCCUUCUUCUUUUGUUUUUCCUGAUGACGAGUUGCAACAGUUUUCUUCCAAGGGGAGACUCUUGAUUUCUUCUGUUAUGGACUUUAUUGCUGGGAAAAGCUUUUCUAAACCUUUGACAAGGUUGCCUUUGAAAGAUGUCGUCUCUCCUGGUAUUUAUGAUAUUGGCAUCGAGGGUCCUUCCAUCAUUGGGCAUAGUUCCAUUGCCCGUGAAUCUUCUAAAUCCAUGCUGUUGGCUGGUGAUAAAAAAUUGCUUUCAAAUUUUCCUUUGGAGGCUCUUCAUGACAUGGCCGUUCAUCAUUUUGCUAGUGUUUGUGCUAUACUUCAGCAUAUGAAAGAAAUUCUCCUGGACAAGGAAGAUUCGUCUUACUGUGCUGUUGCUGAUUUGUUGAAGAAAGAGCUAACUAUGCUUCAGGAAUGUUAUGAUUUGUUGAAGAAAGAGAAAGAACUUUUCUCUUCUUCUGUUGCUGCUAAAAAAGAGUCUUUGGAGCCCUCUAUUUUGGCUCUGCAACGGCGGUUGGGUGAUCUUUCUUCUGCGAAUUUUGCUUUGGAGAGGUCCAUCUUGGAUCUAAGGGUGCAGGUUUCCUCUCUACAGGCUUCGUCUUCCUCCAUUGUUCAAUCUUCUAAGGAGUCUCCUGAGGGUAAAGCCUUUGCUCUUUCUAGUAGCUUGGGUUACUUCAAUCUUGCAGUCAAUCUCAUCAAGAUGUUGCUCCCUUGCCAUGGGCUGAUUGUGUCUGACCGUCUUGUCAAGUUUGAGGAUAUGGAUGUUGUUGCACUGAUUCACGCUGAUCCGGAAUUGAAGAAAGCUUAUGAUCAAGGUCUUAGUGCUGUUUCUCUGGAUGAUUCUCCUAGGGAGGCAUUUGAAGGUACUGGUAACUCCUGGGACGUGGGAGAUUUUGCCACAGCCGUCUGUAGCAGGAGUAGCUCUGUUGAUGUGGAGGUUUUGCGGGGUGCUUCCCCUUCUCCACCUGCGUAGCGAGCCUUUUUUUAUUCUUGAGAACUGAAGAUAUUAUAUUUUUCUAUUUGCUGUGGACUUGUUGUUUUGUUUGUCUCGGGUUUUCGUCAUGCCUUGCAUUGUGUCUUUUCAUUGAGAUUAUGUAUGGAAAAUAUGUUUUCUUAUAUUCUAAAAUUUGCAUUAACCUCUGUAGCACAUUCUUGCAUAGCUUUUGUUAGGGUAUUUAUAUACACCCUAAACUUGCUCGCUGCCUUUUGCUUGCGUAACUUUUGCUUGGGUGUUUAUGUACACCCAUACUUGUUCACAACUUUUGUUUUCCUGUGUAACUUUGGCUUGGGUAUUUUAAGUACACCCAAACUUGCUCACAACUUUUUGCCAGUGUAACUUUUGCUGGGGUAUUUUAUGUACACCCAAACUUACUCACAGCUUUUUUAUUGUCUGCGUAACUUUUGUUUGGGUAUUUUAUGUAGACCCAAACUUGCUCACAGCUUCUGCUUGCCUGUGUAACUUUUACUUGGGUAUUUUCUGUACACCCAAAUUUGCUCACAGCUUUUUGCUUGUCUGUGUAACUUUUGCUUGGGUAUUUUAUGUACACCCAAACUUACUCACAGCUUCUGCUUGCCUAUGUAACUUUUGCUUGGGUAUUUUAUGUACACCCAAACUUGCUCACAGCUUUAUGCUUGCCUGUAUAACUUUUUCUUGGGUAUUUUAUGUGCACCCAAACUUGCUCACAGCUUUUUACUUGCCUUUGUAACUUUUGCUUGGGUAUUUUAUGUACACCCAAACUUGCCCAUUGCUUUUAGUUUGCUUAAGCAUAUUUUUGUUUUAUCCGGAUAUUAUGUAUCUACUAAAUUUUGCAUUUCAUU